AUGUCCAACCGAACCACUGUGACCGAAUUCCUUCUCCUGGGAUUCUCUGAGGUUCGGGAGCUGCAGAUUUUACACUCGGUGGUGUUUCUAGGGAUUUACCUGGCAGCCCUAAUGGGAAAUCUCCUUGUUCUCAUCCUUGUAGCGGUCGACUACCACCUUUACACCCCCAUGUACUUCUUCCUGAUGAAUUUGUCCAUACUAGACCUCGGAUCCAUCUCCGUCACUGUCCCCAAGUUCAUGGCCAACUCCGUAUUGAACACCAGAUUGAUUUCUUAUUCUGGGUGCAUUGCCCAAGUCUUUAUCUUCAUUUUCUUCACUGUGGCUGACUUUGCUUUUCUCACCAUCAUGGAGUACGACCGAUACGUCGCCAUCUGCCAACCACUGCAUUAUGACACUAUAAUGAACAGGGGAGCUUGUGUCCAAAUGGCAGCCAGUGCCUGGAUCAGUGGAAUUCCCGUUUCUACUAUGCAGACUAGGAACAUAUUUGCAUUACCUUUUUGUGGCGGCAACAAGGUGAAUCAGUUCUUCUGUGAAAUCCCCCAGCUGCUCAAGAUCGCCUGCUCUGACUCAUACCUCGUCGACAAUCUCCCGGAGGAUGUCCACAGCGGCUGGACACCGUUCAGUCCCCAAGCAGUCCCACUUCUCAAGGAUGGUGUUAAAGUCCCCACCCAGGACCAGGCACUCAAGAGGAUCCAAUGA